AUGUCCUUCUUCCGCUCAAGCCUCUACCAGAGCUACUUCGAGGAGUUGGACUCAUGGCCUGGGUUUGAUGAGUACUGCUGGUCCCCUCAGAGCAUCUUGGCCAUUGCAGCAGCCUUCUUCUUGAAUGACAACUUCAUCACGGAGAUCUGGGUCUAUGGCCGGCACCAAAACAGCAGCAAAACGCCGGAGGAGGGCUGGAACGACUCCAAGCGGGGCAUCUUGCCGGAAAGCCAGCGCCCCUCCGCACAUCUCAAGGCUUCAGGAGAGUGA